AAAUGUUACGUAGUGUGUUUGGUUGUUAGAAAGUUAAUGGCUGGGGGGAAAGAGAUUCUCUUCUCGCUUCAGGAGAGUUUGAGGAUUUUCUGAAGUGAAAACAUCAUAAUUUAAAACUGUAUUACCCCAAAGCAAGUUUAGGACAAUAUUACAUUUGUUAAUAUACAUAAUAUUUAGGAAAGUAUGCAGGAUGCAGUAGCCGGGACAGCAAUGCUGACGGACGGCUUCGAGGACGAGAUUGACUCGGUGACUCCGCGCUCCCCUGCGGUAGGGAUGGGGGUUGGAGCCACACCAGGAGCCGGACUCGGGGGCCUAGGGAUUGGUGUCGGAGGAAAAAAAGUUCGCUUAUUCGGCGAGGCGGGUGGGUCCGCAACAGACAGGCUGGAUUUUAAACUCGCUGCGGCUGCAGUGCUUUCCUCCGGCCCUGGAUCCGGCAGCGACGAAGAUGAGGUUUCUGAGGUGGAGUCCUUCAUACUGGACCAGGAGGACCUGGAGAACCCCAUGCUGAAGACCGCGUCAGAGCUGCUCCUGUCCAGUGCCGCAGACGGGGCUGACCUGAGAACAGUGGACCCAGAGACGCAAGCCAGACUAGAGGCCCUGCUCGAGGCCGCAGGCAUUGGUAAACUGUCCACCGCGGACGGUAAAGCGUUCGCAGAUCCCGAGGUGCUGCGCCGCCUGACGUCGUCGGUGAGCUGCGCGCUGGACGAGGCCGCCGCCGCCCUGACGCGCAUGAGGGCCGAGAACACGCUCAACGCCGGCCAGGCCGACAACCGUAGCCUGGCAGAGGCCUGUUCGGACGGAGACGUCAACGCCGUGAGGAAGCUGCUGGACGAGGGGCGGAGCGUCAACGAGCACACGGAGGAGGGCGAGAGCCUGCUCUGCCUCGCCUGCUCCGCCGGCUACUACGAGCUCGCACAGGUACGCCUAGCCAUGCACGCUAACGUGGAGGAUCGGGGCAUUAAGGGUGACAUCACACCCCUCAUGGCGGCAGCCAGUGGCGGCUACGUAGACAUAGUCAAACUGCUCCUGGUGCACGGGGCGGACGUCAACGCACAGUCCUCCACAGGUAACACAGCGCUGACGUACGCGUGCGCAGGCGGCUUCGUGGACGUGGUGAAGGUGCUGCUGAAGGAGGGCGCCAACAUCGAGGACCACAACGAGAACGGGCACACGCCGCUGAUGGAGGCGGCCAGCGCCGGGCACGUGGAGGUGGCGCGCGUGCUGCUGGAGUACGGCGCCGGCAUCAACACGCACUCCAACGAGUUCAAGGAGAGCGCGCUCACACUGGCCUGCUACAAAGGACACCUGGACAUGGUGCGCUUCCUGCUGGAGGCGGGGGCCGACCAGGAGCACAAGACGGACGAGAUGCACACGGCGCUGAUGGAGGCCUGCAUGGACGGGCACGUGGAGGUGGCGCGGCUGCUGUUGGACAGCGGGGCGCAGGUGAACAUGCCCGCGGACUCCUUCGAGUCGCCGCUGACGCUGGCGGCCUGCGGGGGCCACGUGGAGCUGGCGGCGCUGCUCAUCGAGCGCGGGGCCAACCUGGAGGAGGUGAACGACGAGGGCUACACCCCCCUGAUGGAGGCCGCCCGCGAGGGCCACGAGGAGAUGGUGGCGCUGCUGCUGGCGCAAGGUGCCAACAUCAACGCGCAGACGGAGGAGACGCAGGAGACGGCGCUGACCCUGGCCUGCUGCGGCGGCUUCCUGGAGGUGGCCGACUUCCUGAUCAAGGCGGGGGCCGACAUCGAGCUGGGCUGCUCCACCCCCCUGAUGGAGGCCGCGCAGGAGGGCCACCUGGAGCUCGUCAAAUACCUCCUGGCAGCAGGGGCGAAUGUCCACGCUACCACGGCGACGGGAGACACGGCGCUGACGUACGCUUGUGAGAAUGGACACACGGACGUGGCAGACGUGCUGCUGCAGACCGGGGCUAAUCUGGAACACGAGUCGGAGGGAGGCAGAACCCCCCUGAUGAAGGCGGCCAGGGCGGGGCACUUGUGCACCGUACAGUUCCUCAUCAGCAAAGGUGCUAACGUGAACAGAGCCACGGCCAACAACGACCACACGGUGGUGUCCCUGGCCUGCGCGGGGGGGCACCUGGCCGUGGUGGAGCUGCUGCUGGCGCACGGAGCCGACCCCACCCACAGACUGAAGGACGGUUCGACCAUGCUCAUCGAAGCUGCCAAGGGCGGCCACACCAACGUGGUCUCCUACCUGCUAGACUACCCAAACAACAUCCUGUCCGUCCCCGCGCCCGACAUGUCCCAGCUCACGCCCCCCUCCCACGACACGUCUCAGGUCCCUCGCGUUCCAUUCCAAGCCCUUGCCAUGGUGGUGCCCCCCCAGGAGCCCGACAGAGUGCCCUCCACCAUCACGGCCCCCCCGCCCGUCACCAGCAAAGGUGCGCCCAAGCAGAGGCAGAGCCCCCUGCUGGCCGGGGGGGCGGCGGCUGCGGGGGCGGGGGGGCCGGACGCGGACCCGCUGCCCCCCUUCCACCCGUACCAGCCGCUGGAGUGCAUCGUGGAGGAGACGGAGGGCAAGCUGAACGAGCUGGGCCAGCGCAUCAGCGCCAUCGAGAAGGCCCAGCUGCAGUCCCUGGAGCUGAUCCAGGGGGAGCCGCUCACCAAAGACAAGAUCGAGGAGCUGAAGAAGAGCCGCGAGGAGCAGGUGCAGAAGAAGAAGAGGAUCCUGAAGGAGCUGCAGAAGGUGGAGCGGCAGCUGCAGCUCAAGACGCAGCAGCAGUUCACCAAAGAGUACAUGGAGGCCAAGGGCCUGCGGGACGACCCGGGCGACCCCUCGCCCCCGACCCCGCCCCCGCACCCCGCCCGCCUCGGCCCCCCCGAGGGCCAGAGCGAGGACGGCCGGCUGCUCCCCGCCGAGCAGGACGAGGAGGAGGAGGAGGAGGACGACGACGACGACGAUGAUGAGGACGACGACGAUGAAGAGGACGAGGAGGAGGAGGACGAAGAGGGGGAGGAGCUGGAGGAGGCGGACUGCGCCAAGCUGCCGCAGGUGGACACCAUCCUGAUCAGAGAGGCGCAGCAGCCCCCGCCGCCCCCGCCCCCCCAGCCCGGGCCCCCGCCCCCCCCGCUGCAGCCCGGCUUCGUCCCCGUGCAGCCGCUGGCCGCCCAGCAGUCCACCGACUUCGGCAGCGCGGACUACUCCGACUGCACCAGCGCCGACCUGCAGAGGGCGCUGGCGAGCCAGCAGAUGCUGGGGCCCGGACUCCUGGCCCCGGCGCCCGACGGCCUCAUGGUGGCCACGCCUGCACAGACACUCACCGACACGCUGGACGACAUCAUGGCAGCUGUGAGCAGCAGAGUGCCCAUGCUGAGCACCACCACCUCGCCCACCCCCCAGCAGUCAGCGCAGACGUCCGGCAGCGGCGUGUCCCCUCCCUCCAUGCUGCCGCUGUACCCCUCCGUGGACAUCGACGCGCACACGGAGAGCAAUCACGACACUGCGCUGACGCUGGCCUGUGCCGGGGGCCACGAGGAGCUGGUGUCUGUGCUGAUCGCGCGCGGGGCCAACAUCGAGCACCGCGACAAGAAGGGCUUCACUCCUCUGAUCCUCGCAGCUACAGCUGGUCACGUGGUGGUGGUGGAGAUUCUGCUGGACAAAGGGGGCGACAUCGAGGCCCAGUCUGAGAGAACCAAAGACACCCCUCUCUCCCUGGCCUGUUCAGGGGGCCGACAAGAGGUGGUGGAGCUCCUGCUGCUUCGUGGGGCCAACAAGGAGCACCGCAACGUGUCGGACUACACCCCCCUCAGCCUGGCCGCCUCGGGGGGGUACGUCAACAUCAUCAAGAUCCUCCUCAACGCCGGCGCCGAGAUCAACUCCAGGACGGGCAGCAAGCUGGGCAUCUCCCCCCUGAUGCUGGCGGCCAUGAACGGGCACGUGCCGGCGGUGAAGCUGCUGCUGGACAUGGGCUCGGACAUCAACGCGCAGAUCGAGACCAACCGCAACACGGCGCUGACGCUGGCCUGCUUCCAGGGCCGGGCCGAGGUGGUCAGCCUGCUGCUGGACCGCAAGGCCAACGUGGAGCACCGGGCCAAGACCGGUCUGACCCCGCUGAUGGAGGCUGCGUCCGGCGGGUACGCGGAGGUGGGGCGCGUGCUGCUGGAUAAGGGCGCCGACGUGAACGCCCCGCCUGUCCCCUCGUCCCGGGACACCGCCCUCACCAUCGCUGCUGACAAGGGCCACUACAAGUUCUGCGAGCUGCUCAUCAACAGAGGAGCUCACAUCGACGUGCGUAAUAAGAAGGGGAACACGCCGCUGUGGCUAGCGGCUAACGGCGGGCACUUUGACGUGGUGCAGCUCCUGGUUCAGGCCGGCGCCGACGUGGACGCCGCCGACAACCGCAAGAUCACCCCCCUCAUGGCGGCUUUCCGCAAGGGUCAUGUGAAGGUGGUGCAGUACCUGGUGAAAGAAGUCAAUCAGUUCCCCUCUGACAUCGAGUGCAUGAGAUACAUCGCCACUAUCGCCGACAAGGAGCUGCUGAAGAAGUGUCACCAGUGCAUGGAGACCAUCGUUAAAGCCAAAGACCAGCAGGCGGCCGAGGCCAACAAGAACGCCAGCAUCCUGCUGAAGGAGCUGGACCUGGAGAAGUCGAGAGAGGAGAGCAAGAAGCAGGCCCUGGCCGCCAAGCGGGAGAAGCGCAAGGAGAAACGCAAGAAGAAGAAGGAGGAGCAGAAGAGGAAGCUGGAGGAGGAGGAGGAGGCCAAGGUGAAGGAGGCGUUCUCCGAAAUGCAGGACCAGGAGAAGGACUCUGCCGAAGAGGCGGAGGUCCCCAUCGAGCCCCCCAGCGCCACCACCACCACCACCAUCGGCAUCUCGGCCACCUCCCCCACCUUCACCUGCGCCUUCGGCAAGAAGCGCGCCGGCGCGGCCACCACGCCCACCGCCAGCCGCAAGAACAAGAAGAACAAGACCAAGGACUGCGCCAGCGAGCCCAUCAUCCUGCAGGACCCGCAGGUGGCGCUGGCGCAGCAGAAGGCCGACCGCAACAAGAUCCAGGGCGAGCCGCGGGGCGGGGGGGCGCCGGGCGGGCACAGCGACUCCGACAACCUGGACAGCGCCGACUGCAACAGCGAGAGCAGCUGCAGCGGCAAGAGCCAGGAGCUCAACUACCUGCCCGACCUGCCCUCGUCCUCCUCGUCCUCCUCCUCCUCCUCUUCCUCCGGCCCCUCCCACCCCCCGCCCGUCCCCGAGAAGCGGCAGUGCCCCUCCCUGCACAGCGCGCGGGACGACAAGGUCACCGUGUCCAUCUCCAAACCCCAGCAGAAGGUUCCUGAAUCCACAAGCGACUUGACUCACCACUCCUUUUCCUCGGCCUUGAAGACGAUGUCACUGCCCGUGUCGUCCCCCAACAGCAAGAUGAACCUCACCAGCCCCAAGAGGGGCCAGAAGAGGGAGGACGGCUGGAAGGAGGUGGUGCGAAGAUCUAAGAAGCUGUCUGUCCCGGCGUCCGUGGUGUCGCGGAUCAUGGGCAGAGGCGGCUGCAACAUCACUGCCAUCCAGGACGUGACGGGCGCCCACAUCGACGUGGACAAACAGAAGGACAAGAACGGAGAGCGCAUGAUCACCAUCCGGGGCGGCACGGAGUCUACACGCCACGCGGUGCAGCUGAUCAACGCGCUGAUCCAGGACCCGGCCAAGGAGCUGGAGGACCUGAUCCCGCGAAACCACAUCCGCGUGCCCGGCACCAACACCAAGAUGGGCUCCACCUUCACCACGGCGACGGGCUCCACCAGCACCGCGGCGGCCGGCUCCAAGGGGCUGCCGUCGGUGGUGCCGUCCUCGGGCGUGUCCUUCCAGUCCUCCUCCUCCUCGGGCCCGCAGGGCGCGGGCAAGGGCGGGAAGAGCCUGUCGCCCGGGGUGCGGCCGCCGUUCGUGUCCCUCCCGCUGGCCUACGCCCACCCGCAGCUGGCCCUGCUGGCCGCGCAGACUAUGCACCAGAUCCGCCACCCGCGGCUGCCCAUGGCGCAGUUCGGCGGCACCUUCACCCCCUCGCCCAACACCUGGGGGCCCUUCCCCGUGCGGCCCGUCAGCCCGGGGAGCGCCAACAGCUCCCCGAAACACAACGGGGGCGGAGCCGCCGCCACGGCCAGGUCCGGCCCCUCCCACGCCGAGCACGCGGCCCCCGGCCCCGCCCCCGUCGCCCAGGCGACCACCUCGCCCUCCGGCCCGGCCCCGCCCUCUCUCGCCGGCACCCCCACCCCCUCCUCCGUCAGGAAGCAGCUGUUCUCCGCGGAGCCCAAGGCGGCAGCGGCGGUAACGGCGGUAUCCAGCGCCGCGACCAGCGCGUGCAGCAGCGUGCGGUCCUCCAGCUCCCCCGCCCCCCUGGUCUCUGCCCCGCCCACCACGCCUCCCACCCCGCCCCCUCCUCCGCCCAUAGCCCCGCCCACACAGCAGGCCCCGCCCCCUAAACCCGAGCCCUGCGCCGCUGCCACGCCCAGCAAGGAGAAGUCCUCCUCAGAGCAGCAGGCCACGCCCGUUUUGGGCGGAGCCACCGAAGGCGCCGGCCCCUUGUCUUUCCCGCCCCGCCCGUCCCUCCCCCCCCAGCCCGAGCUCCGGCAGCAGCAGCUCCCAAUGUCCUUCGCUCCGAACGCAGACCCCUCCCCUUCGGCCCCGCCCUGCUCCGGCCCUCCCGCGCCGCGCCCUGCGGCCGUCUGCGUUGGCUCGGUCUCGCACGCGGGCCCCACCCUGCCUCAUUUCACCGCCCCCCGCUCCUCCCCCCGCGUGCAGCCCGCCGGGCCAUUCUACCCGCUGGCUCCAGGGGGCGCCCUGCAGGACCCGCAGUCCGUCUUCGCGGCCCCCCAGGAGCCCCUGAAGCAGCCCCCGCCCCAGCAGCAGCAGCAGCAGCAGCAGGGCAUGGCCCCGCCCUCGCUGCCGAUGGGCAUGAUGAACGGCUCUCAGAUGCACCUCCACGGCGCAGGGAAAGGCCCGCUGCCCCCCAACUUCGGCCCCGCCGCCCUCUUCAACCAUUUCAGCAGCAUGUUCGACAGCAGCCAGGUGGGCAACAGCCAGGUGUGGGGCGCGUGCCACCUGCCCGCCCGCACCCCGCCCGAGCAGGCCUACGGCGCCCCGCCCGCCUACAUGGGCGGCAUGGGGCAGAUGGAGGGCGUCAUGCCCCCCCCGGACAGCUCCAAAGCCCCCGGGUACCGCUGCGGCUCCCAGAGGAUCGUCAGCAGCCCCAUCGGCAUGCACCCCAUGGACCCUUCCGGAAACUCCAUCUCUACGUCCGCCGCGCUGACCAGCUUCGCCACGAGCAUCUCGGGGAGCCCCGUGUUCCUGCAGGGCCCCGCCCCCGUGACCACGCCCUCUUUCAGCCGCCAGCACUUCUCCCCCCACCCCUGGAGUGCUUCCACUUCCUGUGAGUCCCCGGUGCCCUCGGUGUCGUCGGGGGCGUCCUCCCCGCUCUCGGCGUCGGUGGCGGCGCCGGCGAUGGUCCAGGCCAAGCCCAGCAGCGCCAACCAGCAGGACCGCAAGGUGCCGCAGCCAAUCGGCACCGAGCGCCUGGCCCGCAUCCGCCAGACCGGCUCGGUCAACCCCGCCGCCAUGCUCACCACCAACUACACCCCGCCCGUCGGCCAGGGGGGCAUCUGGUCUUUCGGCGUUGGGAGCGCCUCUGAGGCCAUGUCGGGCUGGUCACAGCCGCUGAUGAGCAGUCACAUGAUGCAGCAGCAGCUGCCCGAGCAGUCAGCCUUCUCCCAGCACCAGCCCAUGGAGAGGGACGACACGGGCAUCGUGGCGCCCUCCAACACCUUCCACCAGCCCCUGCCCAGCAGCUACAUGGACUUCCCCAAGGGGUUGCCGAUGUCGAUGUACGGGGGGGCGAUGAUCCCCCCGCACCCCCCGAUGGCGGAGGGCCCGGCGGGGCCGAUGUAUAACGGCCUCCACACUGCCGAUCCGGCCUGGAACCCCAUCCUCAAAGUGGUCCCCAACAACGCCGAGAACUCAGACCCCCAGCAGGUCUGGCCUGGCACAUGGGCCCCACACGUCGGAAAUGUGCACCUGAACCACGUCAACUAAAACCAUCAACCACAAACAAAAUGGCGCCCGAGGCAUUGGACCAGUCAAAGAAACACAACCUUCUUUUUUUCUCUUUUUUUUUUUUUUGUUUUGUUUUUUUAAAGAAGAAUUACAAAGAGGUUAACCUGGUAGUGUCCUAAGUGAUAUUAAAAAAAACACCCAGUAAAAAAUUGGAAGGACGGACGCUAUUUUUGAUGUGCCUAACUAAAUAAAAGAAUUCAGUGUGGGCUUUAACCCGUUUACCACGGUCUAUGAACAAAUGGAUUGCCUGUUCAACAGGACACGUUCUCUGCGUAGUGUAGCCAUUUUGACUUUAAAAAACCCACAUAAACUGUUCUUGGUCAGCAGGGCUCAACAGGACUGUAAGCUAUUUAUACAUGGCCAAGAACUAGAUUACUGCAUAAAGAGAUAAAUCAGACCUUUUAGAGUGGUAAAUACAUGUAUAAUUGUUUACAUACUAAAAAAGGGUUCAAAUGAGAGUAAAUUUCAUGUCGUAUAGUGGCUCUACUUUAUGUAGCCUGUAUUAAUGUGAAAUAUUUACCUUAAUAUUCAAUAAAAAGAUGGAACUGUA